AGUACCAUGCCUCGGAGUCCUACGUCCAGUGAGGAGGAGAUGGCCCAGAGUUUCUCUGACGGCUCUGGAGGUUUUGAGACAGACAGCUCCAAGGAGGAGCCUGGCCAUGGAGGUCCUGGAGGGGAAAGGGCCAGCAGGAGGACAGACAGGAGGGCAGAGAGGGACAGGGCUGCCCGUAGGGAGUCACUGGAAUUCUGUGUGGUCAUCCCUGACCUGCAGCAGUCCGUGAGUACACACUUAUCUCUUUGUACACUGUUUUCGUAUCAUACUGCAGGAGUAUGCAACACUGUAAAAAAAGUAUUUAAUUGUUUCAACUAAUUAUUAUUACGUAACUGGUUCCAUAGUCUUUAUUAUAUUCUUUACUCAACUUUUCGGUCCAAGUGUUACCUGAACCCAAAAAAUAUAGUUGGCCCAAACUUAGCUAAAACUUGAGAAAACUUAGGCAAAUAUUCUGUCAAUUUUAAAUGAUGUGCUUAUUAACUCAUAUGUUUAUUCAACUAUAAAUUAAAAAUGUUUUAAUGUUACUCCUUGAUCACUGUGAUAAAUAACAUUGUUUUUCUUGAGUGUACUUUUAACAGAGAUGAGAUUUACUUUGAAGUACAAAGUGUAGCAAUACAGGUGAAAUCAAUCUUUGACACAGAAAUGGUGGCGUAGCAGGAAGAUUGUAAUGCUAUAAACCGAGAGAUUGUAAGUUCAAAUCCCAAAUGAGGACAUGUUGAAUAUGAAGUACUGUAUAAAUGAGCAUGUGCAAUGUGUGUCAAAUAUGUAUGUUGAAAACAUUGUAUGUAAAAAGCACUGUGUGUAACUAGUUCUACAGCCUUUUUUAAGUAAGAUGCCCAAAUAAUAAUUUCUAGGUAAAUUAACUUGAGCAAACACAUCAUUUUAAGUUGACUGAAUUGUUGCCUAUGUUGAUAAGCUGAAAAAAGGCUGUGGAACCAGUUACUUAAUAAUAAUUAGUUGAAACAACUCAAUGUUUGUAAAAAAAUGUUUUUACAGUGCAUCUAAAUCCACUUCAAAGCCAAACCAUAACCACCUUUCACUUUUCAACUGUGUGGUCAUCCCUGAACUUUUUAAAAACAUAUUAGUCAGUUAGCAGACGCUCUUAUCCAGAGUGUCAUACACUCAGUGCAUUCAGCUAAAGUAGGUAAAACAACCACAUAUGCAAGUUCACAUUACAAGUAAAACCCUCUUUAAAAAAUAGCUGCUAUCUGCAGAAUCAGUGCAGGGUGAGAGUAGAUGAAAAGACAAGUACAAUAGUCUAGGCGACAACAUAGUUCACCCACUGCUUUGCUCUAGGCUCCAAAACCAGUAGUUCUACUGCACUGAAAAUUGUUGGGGUGCUGCGCGCUGGUUGGAAUUACGACAUAGUUGUUACUGCAGUUUGUCACUGCAUGUUGCUUAUGUGAAAGACUGGAACCCCUGGGCUAGUAGUAUUUGUAAGUAAAGCACAAAGCUGUAAAAAUAAAUUCGGUCAUAGCAAUUGUGUGAUAUGUGGGAUGUUUGUCCCAGCCUAGCAGCAUACAGUCAAUGUGAAAGAGUGAGCUACAAUAGCUAUGCACUGUAUGAUGUAUAAGCUAAAUGUCACACUGUUCUCAGCCAAUCAGUUUGAUAGAUAUGAAUGAGGGAGAAAAGCCAGCUAUUGGAAAUCGGUGGCUAGGUUAUUCUGCCACAGAAAUACAUACUUGCUUGUUGAGAAGUGCUGCUGUUUUCAUAUGCCUUAUCACAAAAGAACAUGCACUCUCAUAUAAACCAAUACAAAAAAAAUAUUUUCUGGAUAACAGGCGUAACGCUCCGCUAUAAUCGUUACUAAUUGAUUGAACUAAUUUCAGUUAUUGUUUUUUCCACCACCAAUACUGUGUAGCGUGCACCUCUGGCAAACAACUUUAUGAAUAUGAAAUGGCCUGCUUCUGUAGAGCAAAGGGAUAACUAAUUACUGUAACAGAAUAUCACUAGGAGACAUUUCCAUACUGUUUUAUACUGUGCUUCCUAGUCUUUUCUACUUUAAAUAAAAGCUAUUUAUUCACAGACACUGGUAGCUUGGCAAGGAGAUGUGAGCUAUUGUUUCUCCAUCUGUUAGCACCUGCUGCCAGAAUGUAAAAUCUGCAUGUGUGUUUUGUGUUUGUUUGUUUUGGAGCAGAAAUUUAUGUUUUAAACCCGACGCUAAAUGUGUCGUCUAAUGUUUUGGAGCAAAAAUGUAUGUUUUAAACCCGACGCUAAAUGUGUCGUCUAAUGUUUUGGAGCAAAAGUCUAUGUUUAAAGUCCAGGUUUGGUAUGUUUGUAUGAUCUCUGAAUGUUUUGUAUUUGUGUUGCAGCAGAAAUGUAUGAGGUUUAAAACUGACACCAUUGUGUGUAGAGAUGGGCAGUAUUUCUGUUACAUGUAUUUGAAAUACGUAUUUGAAUUACUUCUGAGUAUUUUGUAAUUUUAAUUACACUGGGCUGAACUACACUCCAAAGUAUUUAGUAUUUUCAAAAUACUGUAAUUUGUAUUUUCAAAAUACUUUUCCAUACAAUUUUUUUUAUAGCAGUUCACAUUUUGUGAACCCCCUUUCACCCUGCAUUGUUAUCAGAAGUCUGAUAGCACUAUGGUGUGAUAAGAGUGUCUGCUAAAUGAACUAAAUAUAAAUGUAUAUGUAAAAAUGUUGAUAAAUACUUUGUUGAGGGAAAAUGUACUUGAUACGAUUGUGAUAUGAAUGCACUAAUUGUAACUCGCUCUCGAUAAGAGCGUCUGCUAAAUGACUAAAAUGUAAAUGUAAAAAUGAACAAUUGCAACGCAUGCUGAGUAUUAUUCUAAUGAGCUCAGCCACGAAACAAGGCCAAUAAUAAUACCCAGUGUGCUUUACAGUUCAUUUUGGUUUGUUCAUUUUCACAUAUAAAUGAACAUUUUGGUCAUUUAGCAGACACUCUUAUCCAGAGUGACUUGGUCAACUAAAGUUGAUAAACAACAACAUAUCACAGUCAUAGCAAGAAAAACGUUUUUGUAACCAUUACUGGGAAUGUUGUUGCUGUUCAGGCUGGCUACUUGCAAAUUUAUUUCUGUAUUUUAAAAUACAAAAUGCAUGUAUUUUAAUGAAAUACAUUACUAAAUACAAGUUUAUUUUGAUACAUUGAUCUUAAUGGUAUUUUGUAUUUGUAUUUGGUAAUUUUUGUCUAUCCCUGAUUGUGUGUGUGUGUGUUUGUUUUGGAGCAGAAAUGUAUGAGGUUUAAGCCGGAGGCCACGGUGUGGGUUGCUAAGCAGCAGAUCCUGUGUACACUGACCCAGACUUUGAGGGACGUGCUGAACUACGGCCUCUUCCAGCCCGCUGUGGAGGGCCGAGAGUCCGGCUUCCUGGAUGAGGAGUGUCCCCUUAAAGACUACCCCACUCCCACCAACACCAAGGGGGUCCCCACUCUGGAGGUACAGUAACCAUUCAGUUCUGCUCCAUUAGUCUGUAUGGUCAAACGCACAUCACUGAUUUCUCCACAACAUACAAGACAAGCACAUUUUGAUCCAAGAUUGGAUCUUCGUCAUGUCACAAAGGGGCAUUCUUGGCUCAAAACGUUAUACUAGCCUAUAAAGUAUGUGGUGGAGCAAUUGUGUGUGCAUUUUACAUUUACAUUUUUAGUCAUUUAGCAGACGCUCUUAUCCAGAGCGACUUACAGUUAGUGAGUGCAUACAUUAUUUUUUUAAAAAUGUUUCAUACUGGCCCCCCGUGGGAAUCGAACCCACAACCCUGGCGUUGCAAACGCCAUGCUCUACCAACUGAGCUACAUCCCUGCCAGCCAUUCCCUCCCCUACCCUGGACGAGGCUGGGCCAAUUGUGCGCUGCCCCAUGAGUCACAGGCCCUACUUCAUUUCUCCAGUACUGCUCCAUCCCACAGGUCCAGUAAUCCUGUAUUGUCAAACAUACGUCACGGAUCGCUCCAGAACAUUCCUUAUUAGGCUAGCACGACGUUGCUGUGGAUUGUGUGUGCAGGCCCUAUCUACUUCAUUUCUUCAGCACUGCUCCAUCCCUGGGGUCCAGUCUUAACACAGCACUGGACAUGCUGCUGUAUCCCACCCUACAGAAGCACUUCUUCUGUUUGAUCAUUAUCAAAGAAUCUAAUCUGGAAGAAUUCAGCCACUUAAUGAAUGAUCAAGGGACUGCAUCACUAUAAUAAGUCUUUGUUUUCCAAACAGCUCAGCUGAAUUGUGAUGAGGCAGCAUAGCUGGAAACUCCCUCCUGGCUCUCCCUGGCUGUGUUCUUUGUUCUGUAUCUCCUCAGUCAGGGGUCCCCUGGUAUCGCUAGUACUUGACUGAAGUUUUAAUUACUGGCUGACUGGGCAAUCUUCUCUGGUAGUGGUACACCUUACUUAGUAUUAAAUAUAUAGAUCAUCAGUAGCAGUGCUGCCAGCUGGGUAUGAUUGUGACUGGUUGUUUAGUCAGGAUCAUCAUGAGAUGAUUAGAAGUCAUAAAUGCUCACGACAAGUCUCAUACUACAUCAUAAUGUAUUAUACCUUUUGGUUUUAAGUAAAGUGUUGAAGCAAUUUUUCUUCUCCUAUUUGCAGUUCCGUUAUAAGAGCCGGGUCUAUCAACAGCCAAAUGUGAACGAGAAGCAGAUCGCCAAAAUCCACACGCAGGUGAGACAAAGAAAUGAAGGGAUUUAAAUUCCCUUUUUCACUUCUUUCAGGUUGUACAAUAGAUUCAUUAUAUUUAUUUCAAUGACAGUGAAUAUCAUCGGCUGGUGUAAGUUAUUGUAUUGUAUCGGGUGAAAGCUAUAGCUUGGACAGUUAUACCCUGUAUCCGCCAUUUCUGGAACCAUGUUGAAAAGGUCAAUGUGAAAAGGAAAUGUCAAGGCCAGUAGAGUUAUUACAGUCGUGUGGAAAAGGAUAUUAUUAACGGAGCUUGUCUUUGAGAUUUUUUUGAUAUCAUGAGUGAAAGAACAUCUCAGGUUCUCUCUCUGUAAUACUGUUAGAAUUAAUGCCCUAUUCAUCUACAAGCUGAAUAUAAAGUGUGAAUAAUUGAAGUGUAGAAUUUCCAUGGGUUCACUAUUCAGCAGGUACGUAUUUAACAUGAUUCAGUAUUUGAUUGAGACAGACAUCAGCUGAGUCCAGGAGAAUUCCCAUCAAUGUCCUCCUUCUGGAUCAAACAGGAAUGCCAUACUAAAUAAUUGACCAAUCAAGUUCCCUUCACGCUGUUUUCCCUGGCCUUUCAAGUCCACUGUGUGUGUGUGUGUGUGUGUGUGUGUGUGUGUGCACACGCAAGCCUGUGUGUGUGGUGUGUGUGUGUUGGAGUUGUUCAAAGUGUAACUGCGUAUGCGUGCUCUGGCCAGCGUCAGUCCCCCUGCAGUGUCUCUGUCCUGCCUGAAGGCUGCAGACAAGCCUCUCUCCCUCACUGCCUGGCGCUGUUCAGCUCAGCUCUGGGACCUGCUCUCUUAACUAUUUAUAAGUGGCCUGGAAAGCAGCAUGUGUCCCUGGAUCAGUCCUUGGGAAAGCACCAUGAGAGGAACAGCAGUGGAGAGACCUGAGGAACCAUCACCUGACGCCCCUGCUUUACCAACCUCAAAUCAAAUCAAAUGUUUUUUGUCACAUCUGCCAACUGGUAUAGACUUUACCAUGAAAUAAUUCCAUACGAGCCCUUCCCCAACAAUGCAGAGUUUAAAAAUAUAAAUCAAAUAGUAACAGAAGAGGAAUAAAAUGGAAUACACAAUAAUGGAGCUAUAUACACGGAGUACCAGUACCUGAUCAAUGGGGAGCUAUAUACAGGGAGUACCAGUACCAGAUCAAUGUGCAGAAGUACGAGGUAUUUGAGAAAGAUAUGUACAGUUGAAGUCGGAAGUUUACAUACACCUUAGCCAAAUACAUUUAAACUCGGUUUUUCACAAUUCCUGACAUUUAAUCCUAGUAAAAAUUCCCUGUCUUUGGUCUUCUUUAUUUUAAGAAUGUGAAAUGUCAGAAUAAUAGUAGGGAGAAUGAUUUAUUUAAGCUUUUAUUUCUUUCAUCACAUUCCCAGUGGGUCAGAAGUUUACAUACAUUAAAUUAGUAUUUGGUAGCAUUGCCUUUAAAUUGUUUAACUUGGGUCAAACGUUUCGGGUAGCCUUCCACAAGCUUCCCACAAUAAGUUGGGUGAAUUUUGGCCCAUUCCUCCUGACAGAGCUGGUGUAACUGAGUCAGGUUUGUAUGCCUCCUUGCUCGCACACGCUUUUUCAGUUCUGGCCACACAUUUUCUAUAGGAUUGAGGUCAGGGCUUUGUGAUGGCCACUCCAAUACCUUGACUUUGUUGUCCUUAAGCCAUUUUGCCACAGCUUUGGAAGUAUGCUUGGGGUCAUUGUUCAUUUGGAAGACCCAUUUGCGACCAAGCUUUAACUUCCUGACUGAUGUCUUGAGAUGUUGCUUCAAUAUAUCCACAUAAUUUUCCUUCCUCAUGAUGCCAUCUAUUUUGUUUAGUGCACCAGUGCCUCCUGCAGCAAAGCACCCCCACAGCAUGAUGCUGCCACCCCCGUGCUUCACGGUUGUGAUGGUGUUCUUCGGCUUGCAAGCAACCCCCUUUUCCCUCCAAACACAACGAUGGUCAUUAUGGCCAAACAGUUCUAUUUUUGUUUCAUCAGACCAGAGGACAUUUCUCCAAAAAGUACGAUAUUUGUCCCAUUGUGCAGUUGCAAACCAUAGUCUGGCUUUUUUAUGGCGGUUUUGGAGCAGUGGCUUCUUCCUUGCUGAGCGGCCAUUCAGGUUAUGUCGAUAUAGGACUAGUUUUACUGUGGAUAUAGAUACUUUUGUACCUGUUUCCUCCAGCAUCUUCACCAGGUCCUUUGCUGUUGUUCUGGGAUUGAUUUGCACUUUUUGCAACAAAGUACGUUCAUCUCUAGGAGACAGAACGCGUCUCCUUCCUGAGCGGUAUGACGGCUGCGUGGUCGCAUGGUGUUUAUACUUGCGUACUAUUGUUUGUACAGAUGAAAAUGGAACCUUCAGGUGUUUGGAAAUUGCUCCCAAGAAUGAACCAGACUUGUGGAGGUCUACAAUUUUCUUUCUGAGGUCUUGGCUGAUUUCUUUUGAUUUUCCCAUGAUGUCAAGCAAAGAGGCACUGAGUUUGAAGGUAGGCCUUGAAAUACAUCCACAGGUAUGAUGUCAAUUAGCCUAUCAGAAGCUUCUAAAGCCAUGACAUCAUCAGAGAAUACCGGAGGGGACUGAAGAUGCACCCUUGUGGGGCCCCCAUGUUGAGGAUCAGUGUCGAGGAUGUAAUGUUGCCUACCUUCACCACCUGGGGGGGCCCGUCAGGAAGUCCAGGACCCAGUUGCAAAGGGAGGAGUUCAGACCCAGGGCCGUGAGCUUUGUAAUGAGCUUAUAGGGCACUAUGGUAUUGAAGGCCGAGCUGUAGUCGAUGAACAGCAUCCUCACAUAUGCAUUCCUUUUGUCCAGGUGGGUAAGGGCAGUGUGCAGUGCAAUGGCGAUUGCGUCGUCCGUGGAUCUGUCAGGGAGGUAAGCAAAUUGUAGAGGGUCGAGUGUGUCGGGGAAGGAGGAGGUGAUAUGGUCUUUGACUUGCCUCUCGAAGCAGUUCAUGUUGACGGAAGUGAGUUCAGUUACGUUCCCAUUCUUGGGCAAAAGGAUGAUAGUGGACAUCUUGAAGCAGGUGGGUAUAGAGGCCUGAGCUAGGGAGAGAAGGUUGGAAUGUUUCAGAAUCGCUUCUUUUUAGGUUGUAGAAUUGAAUUGCUAUUUUCUGGAUUUUUCUGGAUUUUUAUAAUUAGCGGGAAUCAUCCUUAUUCUGCUCUGCAUGCAUUAUUUUGUGUUUUACGUUGUACACAGAGGAUGUUUUUGUAGAAUUCUGCAUGCAGUCUCAAUUUGAUGUUUGUCCCAUUUUGUGAAUUCUUGGUUGAUGAAUGGACGCUAGACUUCACAACCAUAGAGGGCAAUGGGUUCUAUAACUGAUUCAAGUGUUUUUUGCCAGAUCCUAAUUGGGAUAUCAAACGUUAUGUUCCUUUUGAUGGCGUAGAAGGCCCUUCUUGCCUUGUCUCUCAGAUCGUUCACAGCUUUGUGGAAGUUACCUGUGGUGCUGAUGUUUAGGCCAUGGUAGGUAUAGUUUUUUGUGUACUCUAGGGCAACAGUGUCUAGGUGGAAUUUCUAUUUAUGGUCCUUGCAACUGGACCUUUUUGAACACCAUUAUUUUUGUCUUACUGAAAUUAUCUGUAAGGGUCCAGGUCUGACAGAUCUAGGUGCUGUCCAGGUCUAGGUGCUGCUGUAGGCCCUCCUUGAUCGGAGACAGAAGCACCAGAUCAUCAGUAAACAGUAGACAUUUGACUUCAGAUUCUAGUAGGGUUAGGACGGGUGCUGCAGACUGUUCUAGUGCCUGCGCCAAUUUGUUGAUAUACAGUAUAUGUUGAAGAGGGUGGGGCUUAAGCUGCAUCCCUGUCUCACCCCACAGCCCUGUGGAAAGAUAUGUGUGUUUCUUGCCAAUUUUAACCACACACUUGUUGUUUGUGUACAUAGAUUUUUAUAUUGUUGUAUGUUUUUCCCCCAACACUGAUUUCCACCAAUUGGUAUAGCAGACCCUCAUGCCAAAUUGAGUCAAAAGCUUUUUUGAAAUCAACAAAUCAUGAGAAUACUUUGCCUUUGUUUUGGUUUGUUUGUUUGUCAAUUAGGGUGUGCAGGGUGAAUAUGUGGUCUGUCAUACGGUAAUUUGUUAAAAAGCCAAUUUGAUGUUUGCUCAGUACAUUGAUUUCACUGAGGACUGAUUUUCCCAAGGUUGCUGUUGACGCAUAUCCCACGAUAGUUAUUGGGGUCAAAUUUGUCUCCACUUUUGUGGACUGGGGUGAUCAGUCCUUGGUUCCAAAUAUUGGGGAAGAUGCCAGAGCUGAGGAUGAUGUUAAAGAGCGUAAGUAUGGCCAAUUGGAAUUUAUGGUCUGUAUAUUUUAUCAUUUCAUUUAGGAUACCAUCAACACCACAGGCCUUUUUGUGUUAGAGAGUUUGUAUUUUGUCCUGUAGUUCAUUCAAUGUAAUUGGAGAAUCUGACUCUAAGAUUUGUAAUUGAUCAUGUACAUGUUUUUGCUGUUUUUUUUUCCCCCCUCUCUCUCUCUCUCUCUCUCUCUCUCCUCUCUCUCUCUCUCUCUCUCUUCUUGUUUUGUUAUGAUGUACACCAAUGAAUACCACCCUGUUGUUCACCUGUCCGUCUCUCUCUCCAUCCUUCUCUCUACCUGCUCCCUCUUACCUGUAGGCUAACUAUAGGAAAUUAAUGGACCACAUUCAGCAUCACCAGCUGGAUAAACUAGCAAAGAUGCUGGAGAAAGGCCUCGACCCAAACUACCACGACCCAGACACUGGUGGUACGCUACACACACACAUGGACACGUACACGCACGCACACACACACACACACACACACACACGCACGCACACACACACACACACACACACACACACACACACACACACACACACACACACACACUGACUGUGAUUCAAUGUGAUGUGCACCUUAUUUUGUUUUAUACAGCAUCUGCUGCUAAAAGUAAACAAUGUCAGAUCAAUUAUGGAUGUCUUAGUUUACUGAGGAGAGAAAUUAGAGAUCGGCUCACCUCAGAUGAAAGUCUGAGUUUACGGCUAGAGUGCAAUUGCUUGUGUUUUUGUGCACCUCAUUCUGUGGGACUUAUAGGGCUGGUUUCCCAGACAAAGCCUAGACCUGAACUAAAAAGCUAUUUCGAUAGCCAUUCUUCAUUGAACAUGGCAUCUAGUCCAGGACAAGGCUUAAACGAUGUCCAGGAAACGUACCCAUAGCAAUUUAUUUGAUGAUGUUAAUGCAAUAAACGUAUGUUUCUGUUUAAAAAAAGAUCUAUAACAGUAAACACCAUGUUGUGUGUUUGUAUUGUAGAAACUCCUCUGACCUUCGCAGCCCACCUGGACAAUGUGGCACAGGUCAUCGCUGUACUGAAACACGGUGGAGCACAUCUUGACUUCAGAUCACAAGAUGGGAUGACCGCUCUCCACAAAGCAGUCAGAGCCAAGAAUCAGGUCACACUGAAGGUUAUCCAGCAACUUUUUACAGCUUAUAUAAUAAGUUGGCCCCAAUUCGCUCUCCACCCCUUCCCCUCGGGCUUACCCUUUGAUGUGUGCAGAUCUGUAAGGUGGAAGCAAUAUAGUGGAAACUCCACCACUACCGUUUUUAUCUACACCCUUCAGGUCUGCAAACAUGGAAGUGUUAGGGCCAAGGGAUGAGAUAGAGAAAGAAUUGGGAUCGACUGAUACUCUUAGAUGUUAUGAACAAUCUAUCCCAUAACACCCCACAUUUAGGUAUAAUAGUUGAAAACGUCCUACAUAGAGAGACAUAACAUAUUGUAAAGCAAUAUAGAUGUUCAUACAUGUUUAUAACAAGUUAUAAACCAUUAUACCUGCAGGCUUUAAGUAAAAUGUUUCUCCGGGUGAAGUUUCCCCUAUGUACAUAUGUAGUAUCAGCUUCCCCUUCCCCAAUCCUAACCUUAUCCAUUAGUGGGGGAAAUGGAAACAUUUACCUAAGAUCAGCGUCUAGCAGCAACUUCCCUUCACACCUGAAGGGCUCACCCUCACCCUCACCCUCACCCUCACCCUCACCCUCACCCUCACCCUCACCCUCACCCUCACCCUCGCUCUUUCCCCAGGCUCUACUGGAACUAGGUGCUUCCCCAGACUACAAGGACAGCCAAAGUCUGACCCCCCUGUACCACACAGUCCUGGUGGGAGGAGACUCAGGCUGCUGUGAGCUCCUGCUGAGGGCCCGCGCCACCGUCUCCUGCCACGACGAGAACGGCUGGCACGAGAUACACCAGGUGGCGCUGUCUAAUAAUUAUACUAAUAAUUGAUUGGACGUACAUAGGGCUUUUCCAAAGACUCAGUGUUUUAUAUGGUAUUAUAAACUGGGUGGUUCGAGCCCUGAAUGCUGAUUGGCUGACAGCCGUGGUAUAUCAGACCAUAUACCACAGGUAUGACAAAACAUGUAUUUUUACUGCUCUAAUUACGUUGGUAACUAGUUUAUAUUAGCAAUAAGGCACCUCGGGGGUCCGCGUUGCAUUGUGCCUAAGAACAGUCCUUAGCCGUGGUAUAUUGGCCAUAUACCACACUCCCUAGGGCCUUAUUGCUUAAUUAAAGCGAAGAGCGUCAGUUCAUCUGCCACCAAUGUGGUCUACUCAGUGGUUUAGAUGAGACCCACAUUGAAGUAACCCUCACACAGUAUAAAACCACAUUUUAACCCAAGCCAUUGCUAUAUGGACUGUCUUGAAUAAGCUAUCUUGUAGUUGAUUAUAGAUAUUAGCCUUUUGAUAGACCUUGGAGAAGCAUGCUUGCCUAGACCAUCAGGGGCAUUACAACAGAUGCAGUAUAUUUAAAAGCUCAGCUCAGAUGGUACUCUGACUGACAUCUAGUGUAAAGAACAGGACACUGCAUAGAAUAUGUGCGUGACUCCUGAGUGGAUAGUCUAUAUCAUCCACGUAAACACAAACCAGGAGAGACUUCUCUCGCCAAUCAAUGACUUUCUAUAUGUUUGGUUGGUCAUAUUUUCUAUGAUAGUUCCGGUUUGCCUUAUGCUAUAACUAUAUGGAUUGUUUCAUUUUCUUUUGUUUUGACCUGUUCUUUGUGAUUUGUUUUGUGUUUGUGUGGCAGACCUGUCGGUAUGGACAUUAUUUGACUUGGUCUCUGUGUUUGUGUGGCAGACCCGUCGGCAUGGACAUUAUUUGACUUGGUCUCUGUGUUUGUGUGACAGGCAUGUAGAUAUGGACAUGUCCAGCACUUGGAGCAGCUGUUGUUCUAUGGAGCAGAUAUGAGUGUCAUGAACGCCUCUGGAAACACGGCUCUACACAUCUGUGCUCUAUACAAAGAGGUAAGAGACCAGAAGCCAAACCAGCAGAGCACCAAUCCACACACCACCAAGGCAGCACGUAGCCUAGUGGUUAAGAGCUUUAUAUUUACCAUCUACUGUACAGAGGGGCUUUAUAUUGUACCAUCUACUGUACAGAGGGGCUUUAUAGUGUACCAUCUACUGUACAGAGGGGCUUUAUAUUGUACCAUCUACUGUACAGAGGGGCUUUAUAUUUACCAUCUACUGUACAGAGGGGCUUUAUAUUGUACCAUCUACUGUACAGAGGGGCUUUAUAUUGUUCCAUCUACUGUACAGAGGGGCUUUAUAUUGUUCCAUCUACUGUACAGAGGGGCUUUAUAUUGUUCCAUCUACUGUACAGAGGGGCUUUAUAUUGUACCAUCUACUGUACAGAGGGGCUUUAUAUUGUACCAUCUACUGUACAGAGGGGCUUUAUAUUGUACCAUCUACUGCACAGAGGGGCUUUAUAUUGUACCAUUUACUGCACAGAGGGGCUUUAUAUUGUACCAUCUACUGUACAGAGGGGCUUUAUAUUGUACCAUCUACUGUACAGAGGGGCUUUAUAUUGUUCCAUCUACUGUACAGAGGGGCUUUAUAUUGUUCCAUCUACUGUACAGAGGGGCUUUAUAUUGUUCCAUCUACUGUACAGAGGUGCUUUAUAUUGGACUAUCUACUGUACAGAGGGGCUUUAUAUUGUACCAUCUACUGUACAGAGGGGCUUUAUAUUGUUCCAUCUACUGUACAGAGGGGCUUUAUAUUGUUCCAUCUACUGUACAGAGGGGCUUUAUAUUGUACCAUCUACUGUACAGAGGGGCUUUAUAUUGUACCAUCUACUGCACAGAGGGGCUUUAUAUUGUACCAUCUACUGCACAGAGGGGCUUUAUAUUGUACCAUCUACUGUACAGAGGGGCUUUAUAUUGUACCAUCUACUGUACAGAGGGGCUUUAUAUUGUUCCAUCUACUGUACAGAGGGGCUUUAUAUUGUUCCAUCUACUGUACAGAGGGGCUUUAUAUUGUUCCAUCUACUGUACAGAGGGGCUUUAUAUUGUACCAUCUACUGCACACAGGGGCUUUAUAUUGUACCAUCUACUGUACAGAGGGGCUUUAUAUUGUACCAUCUACUGUACAGAGGGGCUUUAUAUUGUACCAUCUACUGUACAGAGGGGCUUUAUAUUGUACCAUCUACUGUACAGAGGGGCUUUAUAUUGUACCAUCUACUGUACAUUGCUUUUAUUAUACCACUAGUACAUUGUAUUGGUAUACUAGUAUAUUGUAUUGGUAUACUAGUAUAUUGUAUGGGUAUACCAGUACAUUGUAUUGGUAUACUAGUACAUUGUAUUGGUAUACUAGUAUAUUGUAUUUGUAUACUAGUAUAUUGUAUUGGUAUACUAGUACAUUGUAUUUGUAUACUAGUAUAUUGUAUUGGUAUACUAGUAUAUUAGGCUCAUAGUAAUCAGGGUUGGGGUCAAUUCCAUUUGAAUUUAGUCAAUUCAGGAAGUAAACCGAUUGACUGAAUUUAAAUGGAAUUGACCCCAAGGGGGCAAUUAGGAUUAAUAAUUAUAAUAAUAAUAAUAAUAAUAAUAUGCCAUUUAGCAGACGCUUUUAUCCAAAGCGUGCAUAAUUGUUUUGUUGUUGUGUAUCCUGUUGAUUCUUCACAUGGGUAAAGAUUUACUGGAUACACUGAUGAGGAUCAAUCUGAGAUGGACACAUCCUAGGGGAACACAUCCCGGGGGAACACUUCCUGGGGGAACACAUCCCGGGGGAACACUUCCUGGGGGAACACAUCCCGGGGGAACACUUCCUGGGGGAACACAAGGCAAUAUCAUCUUAACAUUUAGACAUUUGUCCAUCUAUCAGGCUCUGUAUGCGUUUAGAGAUCAAUGGAAACCAAUUAUGACCGUGACCCCACUAUCCAAGGGUAUGUCAGGGGGAGUUGGGAUAUACAAAAAAUACAUUUCCAUUUCACACACGUGUAUAAUACACACUUGCACAUGUGUGUAACAGGACAAAUACAAGCACCAACCAAAUAAUAAUAAUAAUUAUAUACACACACACACACUUUUUCCAGAUAGUGGUUUGAGCAUGGGAUGUGUGUGUGAGAUAUCUGCCCUGUUGUCUGUAGGGGUCACUGCUCCCAUGAGCUAUGGCACAGAUCAUUAAGCCUUUCUACACGCUGUGUCAUUAUUCACAGAGACUGAGAGAGAGAGAGAGAGAGAGAGAGAGAGACGAGAGAGAGAGAGACGAGAGAGAGAGAGAGAGCGAGAGAGAGAGAGAGAGAGAGAGCGAGAGAGAGAGAGAGAGAGAGAGAGAGAGAGAUUAUGACUUCCUCUCUUUGUGUUUGCUGUUGUGUAAUCUCUUCCCUCGACUGCUCUGCUCUGCUCCUACAGGCUGGGUUUAUUUCCCUGGCUUUCUGAUUAGAUGCCCUUUUGCAUGACAGCUUUAGUGUGAUCUAAUGGCUAUAAUGACAGCCACUAGGAGGGAUGAACUUCGCGGAUUUAACCUUCAGUUCAAAUAGCAGUCUGAUAUGUGUGGGUUGGGGCUUGUACACGUAAUAUUAUUAUUGUAGAUAUCUGCCAUAUUUUAUUUAUCUGAUGACUAGUGGCAGUAGAAUAUAAUAAGAGCAAGUAGGAGGAGGAUGAGCUCGAACUGUGGUGUGUGUGUGAUGUGUGUGUGUGCGUGUGUGUGUGUGCAAGUGUGCCUGACUGUGUGUGUGUGGGCCCGCGCGCCUGUAUGUGUGUGUUCACAUGCACGUGAAUGUGUGUGUGUGUUUGUAGUGGGGUUUCUGUGGGUGGGCUGCUGAAUCCAGCUUGCAGCAGGCUGAAGCGGGCUGCAGUGACACAUACAGUUACCAGAGGCUGAUUCUCUCUUGAUUUUCUCACCGAGCUUCACACUACAUGUGUUCACUGGCACAAACCGAGAAUCCUUUUCUGGUAGAGCUGAAGGGAGAGGCCUUUGCUUUGACACUACAUUACCAAGGCUGAUUCUCUCUUGAUGUAUCUCACGAGCUUCAACUACAUGUUCACUGCACCGAGAUACUUUCGGAGCUGAGAGCCUUGUACCUGGAACAUAGACAAGAUCAUCAGCACAGAGGUGAGCUCUCUCACACAAUGUCAGAUGAGUCUUCAUCACUUAGUCUGGAUCUUCAUUCUGAUAUUAUGAAUGAUCAUUUCUGAUGUUCUAAUCGUGCUAAUCAUGAUGGAAUGAAUCUUGAUCAAGUGUUUCUGGUUUUUUCCCUCGUUAAGUGUUCGAUUACAGAUAUAUAUACAGUAGCUGGCUGCAAUGAGGUAUCGUCGAGAUCGUACACAGAUGAGACGAGAUGAGCGAGAGUGCUCGAGAGAAGAGAGACUGAGAUGCAGGUAACGAUCUAGUGACUUAAACUUUCUAAUAUCAUUAUAUACGACUCAGUUCAUACGUACUCGUCUUUCUCGCUUGUUCAUUUUCUUUCUAUUCUCGCCAUCUCUAUCCUCUACCUCUCUACGCUUUCUUGCUCUUUACUCUGCCCUCUCGCCUAGGUUCUACUCUGUCUCCGUCCAUCUCCUUCUCCUCUCUCUUCCUCUCUCUCUCUCUGCUCUCUCUCCUCUCUCUCUCCCUCCCUUUCCACCAAGAGCGAGUAUCGGAGCAAGCGACCUAGCACGAGCGCAGCAGCAGUAGUCGCUAGAGAUAGCCGUAGAUGAGUUGUCUGAUAUGCACCUUGUUCUGAGUGGUACCCCAUUCUGGAAUGUUGAAAUGAAUGACGGUUGGUCACACCUUCUAGUGUCUUACUCUGUUCUCUCUCUCUCUCUUUUCCCCUUUCGUCCUCCCUAAGGAACACUGUGCCAGAGUACUGCUCGUUCGUGGUGCUGACAAGGAAGUUAAGAACUACAGAAGCCAGACACCAUUCCAGGUAUGGACUGACUCACACCUCUAA